AUGCGUGUGCCCGCCCUUAUCGGUGAGACAGAAGAGGAAGAGGGAGGGAAGGAGAUGGAAAAGAAAGCACAGAGUGGUCAACUGUUGGUCUUAGUUCCAUGCCCAUACCAAGGCACAAUAAACCCUAUGCUUAAGCUGGGUACCUUCCUUCACUCAAAGGGCUUUUCCAUUUCAAUUGUUCACACCCAUUUCAACUCUCCAAACCCUUCAAACCACCCCGAAUUCACCUUCUUUCCAAUACCAGAUGGCUUAACUGCUGAUCAGAUUUCAUCUGGGAAUGUAUUAGCUGUUGUGUUUGCUAUUAAUGCCAAUUGCAAAGCGAGUUUCAAACAAUGCUUGACUGAUAGAGUGACGGAACAAGAACCGCAGAACAAAAUCACCUGCAUCAUCUAUGAUGAAUUUAUGUACUUCUCUGAAUCUGUGGCUAAUGAUCUAAACAUUCCAAGAAUACUCUUACGCACGCAAAGUGCUACCAAUUUUAUUGCGCGCAAUGCUUUGAUACGACUUCAUUUGAAAGGUUGCACUCCCUUCCCAGACUCUACGCUACUGAACUCGGUGCCCGAGCUUCAUCCGCUCAGGUUCAAGGAUCUCCCCAUCUAUAUUUUCGACACAGUUGAAAACUAUUCGAAACUAUUGACUAAUGCCAACAAUGUUAGGACAUCCUCAGCCAUCAUUUGGAACACCCUGGAGUGCCUUGAACAAUCAUCACUAGCACAGAUCCAGCAACAAUGUCAAGUUCCAAUCUUCUCCAUAGGUCCUCUUCACAAAGUUUCAACAGCAGCCAACAGUAGUUUACUAGAAGAAGACACCAGCUGUGUUGCGUGGCUGGACAAACAAUCCCAUAACUCAGUUAUCUAUGUAAGCUUGGGGAGUCUAGCAUCCAUCAGUGAGAAAGAACUAGCCGAAAUGGCUUGGGGAUUAACUAAGAGCGGGCAACCUUUUUUGUGGGUGAUUAGGCCCGGAUCAAUUUGCGGUUCUCAUUGGAUCGAGCUACUGCCUCAAGGUUUCCUAGAAGCUGUUGGAGAAAGAAGUUGCAUUGUGAAAUGGGCACCCCAGAUGGAAGUCUUGGCACAUGGCGCAGUGGGCGGGUUCUGGAGCCAUUGUGGUUGGAACUCAACCCUGGAAAGUAUAUCUGAAGGGGUUCCGAUGUUAUGCAGGCCGUGCUUUACCGAUCAGAUGGUGAAUGCAAGGUAUGUGAGCGAAGUAUGGAAAAUAGGGAUACAAUUGGAGAAUGAAUUAGAGAGGGGAGAGAUAGAGAGAACUGUUAAAAAACUUAUGGUGGACGAGGAUGGGAAGGGAAUGAGGGUGAGGGCCAAGGAGUUGAAGGAGAAAAUAGAAGUUAGUAUGAAGGGUGGCUCUACCUACCAUUCCUUGAGUGAGCUUGUGGAGUUUAUAAGGUCAUUUUAA